AUGGAACUGGGCCUUAUGUCGUCUUUGAUAGCGAGUCGCUACCCAGUGGGUAUAGGCGUGGGCAGUGUCUUCUUCCCUUCGACGCUACAUCAUUUGCACCAGCAACACCAGCAGCAUCAGCAGCACCAGCACCAUUCGCGUCUGGCUGCGGCGGCCUCGAGCGCCUUGAGUAACGCCGUCGUGGCCGGCCAAUCGGAUAUGGUAGAAGUCGCAGCCGACGGCAUGAGAAGCGUUUUACCCGGCAACGCUAAUGCUUGGCCCUUCCCCUGGAAUCGUCCUCAUGGUCUCCAGAGCCUCGAGCAUCCGUCAUCUAACGAUCCGGCAAGUUCAUUUGGUCGGAUUAGUCCCACGUCGGGAUCUUUUCCUCAGCGAGAAGACCUUGACGACGAUACAACCACCGAAGACCGUGUGCGUCGCUCCCGUAGUCCCUUAAGCGGCGACGAGGCCUCGCACGACGGCCUAGGCGACGUCGACGACGGCCCGGAUAACGAUCAAGACGGGGAUAACCCCUCCAGGUCAGGUGGUCAUCACGGAGGUAGUAGCGGCAGUGGCCAGUCCGUCCAAGUGGGCGUCGACAGCCGCGACUCGAGCAGCAUUAAACGCAAGAAAAAGACGCGCACUGUCUUCUCGCGCACUCAAGUUUUUCAGCUUGAAAGCACCUUCGACAUGAAACGCUAUUUAUCCUCCUCUGAAAGGGCCGCCCUUGCCACAUCGCUGAGAUUGACGGAGACUCAGGUUAAAAUAUGGUUUCAAAAUCGUCGUAAUAAGUGGAAACGUCAAUUGGCAGCGGAAUUGGAGACCAAUAGUAUCGUACAUGCCCAGCGACUAGUGCGUGUGCCCAUCCUUUAUCACGAGGCGUCUGUCGGCAAUGUCGUCCCCUCGAGCGGCACCAUCGGCUCCUCCGUUGGCCCACAACCUCCGCAAACACCCUCGGUCAGUUCAGCCUCAGGGCUACCCCAUCCAGUGGCCGUAGUUGGCUCCAGUUGCAAUCCAACGACCGCUCAACCCAUCUUUUAUUCUCACCACCACCAUCAUCACCACCAUCAAGCCCAUGUACAAGCGGCCGCCGCCGCUGCGGCUGCUCACGGGUUGAUGGCUCACCAAGUGCAUCCGCAACCUCCACCACCGCCACCGCCGCCGCCUAAUUCACAAGCCGUCGUAACCUCCACGCAAUAA